AGAACAAGCUAAGAAGUAACCGCUUUUGCAUUUUCCACGCAUCCCUUUACACCAUUCUUGUUUCUUGUUUCGCCAUUACCUCUCCCGGUCGGCGCACCGACUUUCGCUGCAGGUGCCUCUGCCUCUCAUUUUCGUCUUCUCGCUCCCGCCCCUUUCUCGGCGGCGCCACGGGCUUGAUCGACAGCGCCCACCCCACAGUGACGCUGUCUCUGUCCCCCUCCUUGCUCUCCUCUACUGCCGCUCUCUCAUCGAGGCUUUACGGGCAGAGGCAAAAGACGAGCCGUGCUUCCCACCCCUCCCUCUCCCUCUGUCCACGAUGGAGACGCACGAGAAGGUUGAGAUCGUGAAGCUGGCCAGCGGCCCGCAGAAGCCGGUCAGCGAGUACAAGCGUUUCGCCAUCCUCGUUCUCGGAUCGUUCGGCUGCAUUGUGUGCUCCUUCAGCUAUGCGUGGAACUUGGUGUCGGCGGAUAUGCAAGAGCGCUACCACUUCACUCAGCGUGAUAUGAGCACCAUCGUGACGGUGGGCCUGGUGGUGCAGUACUGCGUGCUACCCUACGCCUUUCUCUUCGAUUAUCUCGGUCCUCUGCCCAUUGUUAUUCUGGCCACCAUCUACUUCCCGCUCGGCACGCUGCUGCUUGCGCUGUGCUUUAUGGGCAAGAUCAACGGCAGCGUCGCCACGUUGAGCGUCUUCAACGCAUUGAUGUCGUGCGGGUGCUCGCUCUUCGAUCUCGGGUGCUGUGUAACGGUGCUGUCCUACUUCCCCACCAACCGUGGCCCGGUGACGGCGCUGCUGAAGACCUUCACCGGACUCGGCUCUGCGCUUGUGGCCUGCCUGUACGCCGGUUACUUCCACUCCGAUCCGGAGAAGCACUUCUUCUUCCUCUUCGCGCUGGCUCUCGUGGUUGGCGUUCUCUGCAUGGUCUUUCUGCGGCUGCCGGAGUACCACCUGACGCAGUACCAGCUGUCGCACCUCCCCAUCGAGGAGCGGCAGCGCCGCGAGAACACCAAGGCGCAGUACCUACGCCAGAAGCCUCCGAUCUGGCGCUUUGUCUACGGCUUUGUGAUUCUGAUCGUCCUGAUCGUAUUCCUUCCCACGCAGAGUGCGCUGGCCAGCUACCGCCACCUCGACUCCUCCGCGAAGAGGGCGUUUGCCAUUGUGACGACGAUUCUGACGCUCCUGUACCUCGUCGUUGCGGCUCCGGUGCCUUUCUGGGACCCCAAGCUGGAGGACCCGGAGGAGGACUCGGAGGACCUGGAUGCGGACGCGAACAUCAGCCUCGCGCUGAAGAUCGACUCGGGCAACAACGCGCGGAAGCAGCACGACACGAAUGAGCCGCACUGCGAGAGGAGCGAGCCGGCGGGCAACGACGACAACAUCCACAAAGGCAACAGCACGGUUACGGCGGAAGCGAUGCUGGAGGAGGACGAUUUGAAGGAGGGGGAGCUGGAGAUCGACUACAUCGCUCCUGCCUAUCCGGGCAGCUUCAUCCACAACCUUCGCACCCUGGAGCUGUGGGCGCUGUGGUGGACCAUGUUCACCGUCGUGGGGUCCGAGUUCGUGAUCAUCUACAACGCCACCAACAUUCUGGCGGCGCUGCAGGGCGAGGACCCUUCCUCUUCGCUCAGCACGCUGCUGACGGUGCUGAACGGUGUGGGCAGUGCGGUGGGUCGUCUGCUGAUGUCGUACUUUGAGGUUCACACGCAGAAGCGCAAGGCGGAGGACCGCAUCCCCAUCACGAUUUCCCUGUUCCUGCCGACGGGUUCGAUCAUCAUUUCCCUCAUCUUAUUUCUUGUGCUGCCGGCUGCUGCGCUGCCGCUGCCGUACGUUGUCGCUGCCCUCGGCAACGGCUUCCUGGCCGGUGUGACCCUCCUGGUGUCACGCACCAUCUUCGCGAAGGACCCUGCGAAGCACUACAACUUCUGCUUCACCGCCACCAUGCUCGCCUCGCUUGUGUUCAAUCGUUUCCUCUACGGUGAGUGGUACACGGUGCAGGCGGAGAAGCAGAACCACGCGAAUCAUCGCUGCUACGGCAAGCACUGCGUGCUGAUGCCGCUGGUCGUACUGAUGGCACUGGCCUGCACUGCUUUUGCGACGGACGCGGUGCUGCACCUGCGGUACCGUUCCUUCUGCCAGCGCACUCUGGCCGAGCGUGCCCGUCUGCACGAGCUCGCCCAUCACAACCACGAAAUGAACGAGGCGAUCAACAGCCUUCAUUCGGACACCACGCCUGCAGACGCUGACGGGGAGCCACGCGGCGAGGCGGUGCAGUCGAAUUCACGUCCCUGA